AUGAUGCUGGAGAAGGGUAUUAUCUGUGAAUCUCGCAGCAGUUGGCAAAGUCCCAUCGUGGCGGUACCUAAGCCUGAUGGAAAAAUCCGCCUCUGUGUUGACUACCGAAAAGUAAAUGCAAUGGCUAAGUUUGAUGCCUGUCCAAUCCCCCGAGUAGACGAACUGGUGGAGAGCGUCAGGCAAACUAACUACAUCUCCACAUUGGACUUGACCAAAGGAUACUGGCAGGUCCACGUGGCACCCAAAGACCAGGAAAAAACAGCGUUUGCCACUCCGUGGGGUCUUUUUCAAUUCCAACAGAUGCCAUUCAGAUUGCACAGAGCUGCAGCCACAUUCCAGCUAUUAAUGGACAAAGUUUUGCCUCCCCAUGGGGGUUACGCUGCGGCAUACAUUGACGACAUCGUGAUAUACACAUAG